AGGGGCUGUGUGUUUCUGUUGCUUGAGGCACCGCCUCCAGCAGCUCCCAUUGGCCACGGUUCCCCGUUCCUGGCCAAUUGGAGCUGCUGGGGGCUCCGCCUGAAGUAACAGCCACACACAGCCCCCUCGCCCCCCUUUCCCCACGGAGCUGCGCAGGGCAGGGCAGACAGGCAGGGAGCAUGCCCUGCCCCCGGUGCAUGUCCGGCCGGAGCCGCUCUGGUAAACACUGGGGGAGGGCGGGGGGGGCUCGCGGGCCGCAGAAAAUCACCCCGCGGGCUGUGUGUUUGAGACCCCUGGUCUAGAUAAUACUUAGUCCAGCAAUAAGUGCAGGGGACUGGACUAGAUGACCUCUCAAGGUCCCUCCCAGUCCUGUGAUUCCAUGGGGGAGGAAUGACAUCCAAGCGGUGAUGUCAUCAACCCUCAUUUAGACUUUCUUUCCAGGGGCUAGAAAGAUCCGGGCUGUGACUUGAAGGCUAAGCAGCCCCCAUUGCGUAUGUACCCUCUCUAAGGAGUCAUCAACACCUGUCUGGCUGAUUCUGAUAUAAAUCUGCCUUACUAGCUGCUCCUUUGUUGCCACUGAAAGGCUGUCUGUGUGCGUCUCCCAACCUCACAACAUAUUUCAGUACCACGCACAUAGCAAAACUUCAUAACUUCACAUAUAAUGAUAGUACACACAAUCAAAUGGACUAUCACCUGGCUAAAUCAGCCAUUCUUUGGUAGGAAGAAGGGUGUGAAUGAGAAAUUUACAUCUUGACAGACUGGCUGUCCCUGAACCCCAGUUAGAGAUGAUUCUCAAAGAGGAGGAAAAGAUAUAAAAAUGAGGAACAGAGAUCUCAAAUCACCUCUCUCCCCUCAUCUCUAUCAAUGGUGUUUAAAGGACAAAAGAAGCAUCAUUGAACUGGGGGAGGGUCCUGGCUGAAGGAAUCCAGCCAGACUACUGUAAGCAUAUGGAGAUGGAUUUGGAGCUGCGGGGGAAUGGCCUGGAGCCGGUGGGGCACUAUGAGGAGAUCGAGAUCUCAGAGAGCAGUGUCAACAAUGGCCCUGAGCGCAUUGGGCCCCACUGUUUCGAGCUGCUGCGCGUCCUAGGCAAGGGUGGCUACGGCAAGGUGUUCCAGGUGCGGAAGGUGCAGGGGACCAAUGCCGGGAAGAUCUUUGCCAUGAAAGUCCUGAAGAAGGCGAAAAUCGCCUGCAACGCCAAGGACACGGCUCACACCAAGGCUGAGAGGAACAUCCUGGAGGCCAUCAAACACCCCUUCAUCGUGGACCUGAUCUACGCCUUCCAGACGGGUGGCAAGCUCUACCUCAUCCUCGAGUGCUUGAGUGGUGGAGAGCUCUUCAUGCAGCUGGAGCGUGAGGGCAUUUUCCUGGAGGAUACAGCAUGCUUCUAUCUGAGCGAGAUCACGCUGGCCCUGGGCCACCUGCACUGCAACGGCAUCAUCUACCGAGACCUGAAGCCGGAAAAUAUCAUGUUGAACAGCCAAGGGCACAUCAAGCUGACAGACUUUGGACUGUGCAAGGAGUCGAUCCAUGAGGGAGCCGUCACUCACACCUUCUGUGGGACCAUUGAGUACAUGGCUCCAGAGAUCCUGAUGCGGAGCGGACACAACCGGGCCGUGGACUGGUGGAGCCUCGGGGCCUUGAUGUACGACAUGCUCACUGGAUCGCCGCCCUUCACAGCUGAGAACCGGAAGAAAACCAUCGACAAGAUCCUCAAGGGGAAGCUGGUGCUGCCGCCUUACCUGACCCCCGACGCCCGGGAUCUACUCAAGAAGUUCCUCAAGAGAAACCCCAGCCAGAGGAUUGGGGGCGGGAUGGGCGAUGCAGCUGAUGUGCAGAAGCAGCCGUUUUUCCGCCAAGUCAACUGGGAUGAACUGCUGGCACGCAAGCUGGACCCACCCUUCAGACCCUGCCUGCAAUCGGAUGAUGACGUCAGCCAGUUCGACACCCGCUUCACUCGUCAGACACCCGUGGAUAGCCCUGACGAUGUCUCCAUUAGUGAGAGUGCCAACCAGGCCUUCCUGGGCUUCACCUAUGUGGCCCCAUCGGUGCUGGAGAGCAUUAAGGAGGGCUUCUCCUUCCAGCCAAAGGUGCGCUCCCCUCGCCGGCUCAACAGCAGCCCCAGAACGCCCGUCAGCCCAUUGAAGUUCUCUCCCUUCGAGGCCUUCAAACCCAGCCUGGCGGUGGAGCCCAUGGAGCUAGGGCUGCUGCCCCCACCAGAGGGCACGGCCCCCCUGCCCAUCAAGACGCCGCCGGGCACCAAGAAGCAGAAGGGGGGCCGGGGCCGGGUGGCAAGGUAGCUUGAGGCAGGCAUAGUGCCCCUGCCUGGGCAGGAGACUCAGCUUGGGCCGGCGGGAAACUCCCUGUGGAGGUGCCCAGCCUGUCGGUGAUCCAUGGGGUGGACAUAGCCCCCUGACAGCUGAGUGGGGCUGGGGGGUGUCGGGGGCCCCCAGCCGGGAUGGACUCAGGAGGAGAUGCUUUGUCAGGGCUGCAAUUCCAGCAGGUGGGGCAGCCCCGGCUGGGGAGGGCAGGGGGUGCUGGGCCCCCGGGCUGCAGCUCCCACCAACGGGGCUUUUAACCCUUCCUUGGUGCUCUGUUUUUAUUGCUACAAAUCAUCUUUUAGGUUCGAGGGGCUGCGCAGGGCGUGUGUGUGUGUGUGUGUGUGUGUGUGUGUUAGCGCUAGAGGAGAGCAGAGCGUGGGGGGUAGAGUGUGGCAGGGGCGUUGUCGGGGGGUGCCAGUGUGUGCUGGGGAGGGAGCAGAGCAU